CUCCCUCAUUACAUCAUCUUCAGCCCGUGGUCGCCGUGCAGGACUGGGCGCGGCGCGAUCCACUCAACCCGGGGCUCCAGCCCGCUCUCCCGCGUCUCUCCUGGCCCUCCCCGCACCUGCUCCAGGGCCAAGACCGGGAGAGCCCCGCGGGCUAGCUCCCAGAACCCGCUAGGCACAGCUAGCGGACCUCGGCAGCUCCGCCUGAUCCAUUCAUUGAGAGCCGCGUAUUUUCCCGGAGCCCCAGUCCCCCCGCCUCCUCCAGCUCGGAGCCGCGGGUAGCGCCAUGGAGAAGAGCAGCGAGACCAACGGCUACCUAGACAGCGCCCAGGCGGGGCCUGCAGCGGGGCCUGGCGCGCCGGGGAGCACGGCCCGACGCGCGCGGCGCUGCGCUGGCUUCCUACGGCGCCACGCGCUGGUGCUGCUCACAGUGUCCGGAGUGGUGGCGGGCGCCGGCCUGGGCGCGGCGCUGCGUGGGCUCAAGCUGAACCGCACACAGGUCACCUACCUGGCCUUUCCUGGAGAGAUGCUGCUCCGCAUGCUGCGCAUGAUCAUCCUGCCGCUGGUGGUCUGCAGCCUGGUAUCGGGCGCCGCCUCCCUUGACGCCAGCUCUCUCGGGCGCCUGGGCGGCAUCGCCAUAGCCUACUUCGGCCUCACCACGCUAGGCGCCUCGGCUCUCGCAGUCGCUUUGGCGUUCAUCAUCAAGCCUGGAUCUGGCGCGCAGACCCUUCAGUCCAGCGACCUGGGUCUGGAGGAGACGGGGCCCCCACCGGUCCCCAAAGAGACAGUGGACUCAUUCCUCGACCUGGCCAGAAACCUGUUUCCCUCAAAUCUUGUGGUUGCAGCUUUCCGUACGUAUGCAACCGACUAUAGAGAGGUGACCCACAACACGAGCACUGGAAACAUAACCCGUGAAAAGAUCCCCAUUGGCACCGAAAUUGAAGGUAUGAACAUUUUAGGAUUGGUCCUUUUUGCCCUGGUGUUAGGAGUGGCCCUGAAGAAACUCGGCUCUGAAGGAGAAGAGCUCAUUCGUUUUUUCAAUGCCCUUAAUGAGGCGACAAUGGUGCUGGUGUCAUGGAUUAUGUGGUACGUACCCGUGGGCAUCAUGUUCCUGGUUGGAAGCAAGAUUGUGGAAAUGAAGGACAUCAUCGUGCUGGUGACCAGCCUGGGGAAAUAUAUCUUCACAUCUAUAUUGGGCCAUUUUAUUCAUGGAGGAAUCGUUCUGCCACUUAUUUAUUUUGUCUUCACAAGAAAAAACCCAUUCAGGUUCCUCCUGGGCCUCCUCACACCAUUUGCAACAGCAUUUGCCACCUGCUCCAGCUCUGCAACCCUCCCCUCUAUGAUGAAGUGCAUUGAAGAAAACAAUGGUGUCGACAAGAGGAUCGGCAGGUUCAUCCUCCCCAUCGGGGCCACUGUGAACAUGGACGGGGCGGCCAUCUUCCAGUGUGUGGCCGCCGUGUUCAUUGCCCAGCUCAACAACGUGGAGCUGAAAGCAGGCCAGAUCUUCACCAUUCUAGUGACAGCCACAGCGUCCAGUGUUGGAGCAGCAGGUGUGCCAGCUGGAGGGGUCCUCACCAUCGCCAUUAUCCUGGAGGCCAUCGGGCUGCCCACUCAUGACCUCUCUCUCAUCCUGGCUGUGGACUGGAUUGUGGACCGCACCACCACCGUGGUGAACGUGGAGGGCGAUGCCCUGGGUGCAGGCAUCCUCCACCACCUGAAUCAGAAGGCGACGAAGAGAGGCGAGCAGGAGCUGAGCGAGGUCAAAGUGGAGGCCGUCCCCAACUGCAAGUCGGAGGAGGAGACGUCACCCCUGGUGACACACCCAAACCCCACCAGCCUUGCGGCCAGCACCCCCGAGUCCAAGGAGUCAGUUCUGUGAUGGGGCUGGGCUUCCAGCUUGCCUGCUGGGGAUGCCCGCCCCAUCAGUCCGGUCGGCAGACCCGGGCGCCGCCUUCACUGACUUUUAGCCUCCCGUGCAAUGCUUUGGCCCAGUCACCGGUUUGAGGAUUACUUCUCAGCACAGGCAUUGGGCUUCCCAGCGGGAACUGGUUCCCAAGGACCAGGACACUCUGCCAUUUGGCUUACCAUGUCUAGGUGCAACUGUGUACACCCCAGCUCUGUUUGGAAACACACCCUCGAGCUGCCGGGCGCGGGGCAUAACAGGCUCACGGGACCUGGUGGUUAAAGCUUGGAAAAUGCACAUGUUACUUCACUGCACCCAGGAAAGCUCAGCAUUGGGUGCUUUCCGGGCAGACCUGGACAGGUGGCAGUCAUCUGUUGCAUUGCCUCGUGAGCUAUAGUAAUUGGAAAAAUUCCCAAAUUCAUAGCUGUGGCUGGAAUUCGUUGAGCUGGGCCUCAGGUGUUGAGAGUCUACACAUCGGCGUGACUGGCUUCUGGGUCACUAGGCUGGAGGCGCUGCACGUCGUCGAGUUAGAAAUACUCCAUGGUGUUAGCACUGCUAGGGUCUCUGGUCAGUGGCACUAAGUAAACAGUUACAUUCUGAAGUCCAAGAAAGGAGGGGGAGUACAGGCUGCAGGGGGAAGGGAAGCAGCCUUAUCAGUCCAGGACACACACACACACACAUAUAUAUAUAUGUAUAUAUAUACUAAUGUCCCCAUUCUGGCCCCAGCCCUGGGGAGGUUUUCUGCUUUCAUGACCUGGGCCUGUGUCAACACUGUGGCUCUAUACCCAUCCACUCUGAUUUGGCAACAGGCCAGAGAGGGGCCCCCUCCUCCGGGGAGGUGUGAUGUGGUCAUCACAUUCAGGACCCUGGCUGGUCUAGUAAUAGAUUUUAAUCCAACUAGACCCUCCCUAAAAUGCUGCAUUGCAGCAAAAACAAAUAUUUAAAAAACCCCACAAACCCACCCUUCACUGGAGUGAGGUACCCCUGUUCCCAGAUGCCCUAGCUUUGGCUGAUUUCCAUAGACUUGGUUUCCUUUCCCUCCAGGACAUCAAAGUGUAAACUUAUAAGCUAAAUGGUCCACCUGAUACUUACUGACUUGAGCUGAACCUAGGGGAGGGGGCUUUACGGAGAGAACAAGCAUUGCCCGGGACAGGGAAGGAAAACCUAAAAGGCACUAGACUGCUGUUUCUCUGUGGCUGUUGGUGUGUAUCUGUGGGGUAACCUGCAGCAAGUCCUGGAGCCUCACUUUACCCCAUUAGUACAAUGGGGCUGAUGUCACCUGCCUCUUACCUACCUCAGAGGGAUUUGGUGAGGCAAACUGAGUGAAUCCGCAAAAAACGACCAUUUCGCAUUUUGCUUCUUGGAUAUCAAGUGCUAACACCCCCAGACCCUCCUUACUGUUACCUAAGUGAUACCUAAGUUCUCCAGGAGGCUCCUUCUUCUGGGGAGGACAGCUUUUAUGAGCAGGGCUUUGUUCUGUGUGCAGGAGCAACUUUCAUCACGUCACUUGUUCUCUUAGUAGUUUCUUGUUAGCAUCAAAUGCAGCCUCUUCCUGAUGUCCUUCAUCUUUUAGUGAAUUAACUACCCCACCUCCCAGCACACUUCUGGGUACCUGACCUCCCUGGGACUCCCAGACCCAGGCACCAUUUCUGCCACCGCACACUGGCCAUUAAAACUCCCAAACUUUCAUUCCCUUGUCACAACUGUAAUGGGGGGAGGGGGGACAGAGAGAGUGAAGCUCCCCUGUAUUAAGAUUGGGGGGCAUGGGCCUGAGCGGAAUGGGUGGGGAAGAGCCAAGGGGCACAGAGCAGACCUGGCCCUUUUCCCUUCAGCCCUCUUUAAACCAGCUAAGUCAUUCCCACCUCCUAUGAAGCAGGAGUGACCAGGAGCUGGGCUGAGAGGUGCCUGGAAGCCUUGACCCUCUGGCUUGUUGCUGAUGCCUUCUGUUUUCAAAGGGGAAACAAUCACAUUGAUGGAUCCCAAACUGCAUAUGAACAUUCACUAUUUUUCAGGUGUCACUAGAUCUCAUCUUUCCUUCUUCCACAUAUAUACAUGGCCAUGUACGUACACAUACAUAUAUGCAGCAUGUAUGUGGGAGGUAUACAUGCAUGUAACAUCUAUAUGUAUGUGUGUGUGUAUAUUUUAGCUCCAGUCCGGGCAAGUUUGAAUUUGGACAGAGGUGGACUAACUGCAAGUUGCAUGUCUUUGGCAUCCUGAUUUUCCUGUUCCUAAAGGUGAAUUUUACAAAACAUGGACAGUAGAGCUGGACAAUCAGACCCAGGGACUGCGCAUCCUCUAUCCUGGACCUGGGAUUGCGGUGAGGGGAGCGCCGUGCCUGGGGAAGGGUGCUUCCUUGUAAAAUCCAGAUGGUGAUUGCUCCCCUUCCCUUGGCUUUCUCCCUGUUUUUCUGUCCGCAACAGGAAUCAGACCAGGAGUGACCCGGCUGGGGAAAAUGCCACUUUCUCAUUGUCUGAAGAUGUCUCCCCUGCUCUUCUAACAUGUUGUCGUAAAUACUGUUCAUCUCUGACUGUUUUGUAUGUGUGACACUUGCCUUAAAACAUAGCAGUCCUCAAAAAUGAAUACAGCCUUUCUACUAGGA